GUUGAACCACGGCGGCCAUGUUCCCUGCUGCCUGUUCCGGUAUCUAGCUGCAGCACAGGCAGCGUUGGCUUUGGGGCGCAGUACCGUCUUACUCAACGACCCAAGAAGUUGUCCUACUCUGAAGAUAAAUUUAACGAAACCGGAAUGUAGAGUUUAACCAUUUUUAAUCUGCUUUUUUUAAAAAAAAAGCCGGUUAUCUACCCGGCCACCCCUUUCCACUGCAACAUUUGAACGACCUUAUUCGGCUUAGCUGCGCAGCCGGGAAAAGAACGACUUUUUGGGGAUUGUUGAGCUACUUUGCCGUCUCGGAUUAAUUAGCCAACUAGCAUCUAGCUAACAACCUCUCGACUCGACAACAGGAUAGUCAAUUCCUCGGACCGCAACACUGAAGGAUAGCUAGCCACCUAUGAUUACGACCGUUUAUUUUUUUCCGAGCGUGGGGGAUGGGAGUUUCUGAUUUCAUACGCUAGUUAGCUGUAUUUGUUUUCAUUUUCUUCAUCAAACGAAGGUCAAUCAAGUCUUGUCCGGCCUAAACUGAAUCCCCGGACUCGAGUUGAAUGCUGAUAUUGGAAACAAAUUCGGUCGUCGCCUCACCAACCUGACAACCCAUCCACUUGUUGGCUAGUUGCGGAAUUCUCUCCCUCCCUGUCCCAAGACGAGGGACUGACGAGUGGCUCCAAAUGUAACCAAGAGGACAUUAUAUUCGAACCCACCCGAAAUAUUUUUUUUGGAACGUUAUUGGUUCGCUAGUUCACGCCAUCAGCUAGUAAUUUUGUAACGUCGCCGAGGUAGUUAGCUAACCAGCUAUCUAGCCAUAUGACUAUUUUCACUGACGGUUGAAAAACUUUUGACCCCCCUUUUCCCUUUAGAUACGGACACGUACUUCUAAUGAGGGAUUCAACUUGUUGAUUGUUGUAGGUAGCUAGCUAAUGGCUAGCUAGCUAUUUUGACUUUUUUUUUCUUUCGACGAACAUUGAAGACAUAGGUGCAUAACUGACAACAGCAGCCUUAAAUGUGCGUCGGAUUCUGAAUGGUUUUGUGUCCCUCCGUCCCCUUUUUCUGGAGGAUCCCGUAAAAUGUCAACCCGGCCGCCAUUGUUAACAGUCAUUGAAAAUUCGUCCAGCCAGUCUCACUCGGAGUCCAAGGCGGCGGAGCGUCCCAGCAUGCCGCGGUGCCGGAACUCGGUCGCCACGACGGCGGACGAGCAGCCGCACAUCGGCAACUACCGGCUGCUGAAGACCAUCGGCAAGGGCAACUUCGCCAAGGUGAAGCUGGCCCGGCACGUGCUCACCGGGAAGGAGGUGGCAGUGAAAAUUAUAGAUAAGACUCAGCUGAAUUCCUCCAGUCUCCAGAAGGUGAGUUCAUGA